UACAAUCGAGUGAAGGAGCCCAACUCAAAAGGGUGGAGGUUCGUGACCCCCAAAUCCCUGUUGGAUAACUGCUAUAGGACAAUGCACUGUCUCUUCAAAAACUGCUUUCCCAGUGAAGAUGGAGAGCAAGAGUGCUGAAGUGAUCAUGAACUACCACAUCGGGGAGACGGUGCUGUCACUGCAGAAGACCACACUGAUCCCCGGCGGCUCAGAGUCUCUGGUCUACACAACACUGUCUGGAGGCAUCGGCAUCCUGGUGCCCUUCACUUCCCAUGAGGACCAUGACUUCUUUCAGCACUUAGGGAUGCACAUGCGCUCAGAGUUCCCCCCUCUGUGUGGGAGGGACCACCUCAGCUUCCGCUCCUACUACUUCCCUGUAAAGAAUGUGAUAGAUGGAGAUCUGUGUGAGCAGUUCAACUCCAUGGACCCCCACAAGCAGAAGAGUGUUGCUGAAGAGCUGGACCGUACACCACCUGAGGUCUCAAAGAAGCUGGAGGACAUCCGCACACGUUAUGCCUUCUAGAACCCUCGUGUUCUGUACAUGCACAAAUACACUCACACAUACAAACUGUCAUUUACAACAACUGACAUGUUGAGACUGUGCUGCGUGGUGGAAAUCAGCAGCACACCUGUUCCGCUGUGUUAACAUGAAGAGGAGGUGGGAGCUGACGAGAAGUCGGCAGAACAAAUUUCUCGAAGUCUUCAUCUGUAGGUGCUCAGAUUUGUCCUUUAGGCCCUGAUUUGUUUUAGGCCUAUAAAUACUAUAAUACUAAUAAUAAUCUAUGGUGAAUAUUUACCCUGUGGUUUUCACUCAUAGGAUGCCAUUCAAACCUAGCUGGAUUCUUUAGAAUGUAUCAUGUGUAUAUCAUCACUGCUAUCGACGCAUACAGGAGCAUUGAUUGGGUUUUAAUGCGUGUGACGCAUGGCCUAGUAAACCCUUUGAUAUAAUUAGGUCAACUGUUUUUGAAAUGAUCCAUUUUGAGUCUUUUUGCUGUAAUUGAGUGCCACAAAUGAAAAGGACUUUGUUUUCUUUUUGAUGUCAAUUUUAAUCCUAAAAAGAUUUUGGAUUCUCAAACAGCUCUUUUUUUAUGGGCUUAAAAGGUAUAUUCCUUGCUGGACAAAUUGUCCACAUCUAUUGUACAAGAUUACAGGAUUGUGUACAAUAGCAAGUAAUACAGCUGGAUGGUGAACCUUUUUCCCCUUAAUAGUCCUGUAAACUUCAAAUAACAACCACAAUCACCACACUAGAUGAGACACCAUUCCAUAUUAGUCAUGGGAAAAGGGGAGCAGGCUAUUUUGUAAAUAAAGUACUGCCUUGUCUGUGUCCCUAUAGCUAUGUUCCCAUUAACUAGCCUAGUGUUUUUUUAAUUCAAUUCUUUUUAGAAAGUUUGCAUAAAAAAUGUGACAACCGCCUGCUAGGGUGUUUCCAUUUAACUAUCUUGUCCAUAAAAACAGCUGGUCGUAAUGUCACACAAAAAAAAUAUUCUUUCACAACCUACAGUAGCUAGGUUUCCAUCCAAUUGGCAAGAUUUUCAUGUGAAUAUUUUAAAAUCCUCCAAAAUAAUGUGCAGUUUCCCACCAAAGAUGUUUCCAUCAAAUGGACUUGUUGCAGAUAAAAGCCUGUGCAUGAUGGUGCACAAAAAAAUACCUUUGCGAUUAAAUUCCCAUGUCCCCCAAACAUUAUUUUAAUGGGAUUCUAUUGCAUUUUCAACUACUGAUGGUUUUCUCACAAAAAAUGUUUACGUUAUAUAGCGAGUGUGCCCACUCUGGUCUAUCUGAAUGCAUGGAAUAGCCUUCAUUUCUCAGAACAAGAAUAGAUUGACGAGUUUCAGAAGGUCUCUGUUUCUGGCCGUUUUGAGCCUGUUAUUGAACACACAAAUGCUGAUGCUCCAGAUACUCAACUAGUCUAAAGAAGGCCAGUUUUAUUGCUUCUUUAAUCAGGACAACAGUUUUCAGC